UUUUGCCCCACCCUUCACGAAGUGUGUAUGCUGUGAGAAAUACCCACUAUGCAAUCUUGGAUACUUUCAUAGUAUUUGAAUGGAACUGCAGUACAAAUAGUGUAAUUGUUCCUUAAGCCAUAUUAAGUUCAGGAUAGAAUUUACAAAUGUUUGUGAAAUAAUGAAGUGACUGGGUAACCUGCAUAUAAUUAAUUACUUUGCUUCAUCAGCUGGUUUGCUUAGAAGCAUAUAUUAGGAAUGAAUAUGGUUACAAAGCACCUUUUGUGACGUUUUGUGCAUGGAAGACUUCUAAAGUGAUCAUGCAAAUGUAUUGUGGGAAUAUUACUUGGGAGUGGCUGUGUUUUUGAAUGUGCUUGUGAAGGGAAUUCUGAACACAUGCAUGCUCAUGGCUUGCAGCUGAAUGUUUAAAGAGACUCAAUGCAGAAAGUUGCUUGAGCUGACAAAGAUGUGAAAGCCCUAGCUGGGGAGUGUUUGGAUUUAGGAAGGCUUAUUUGUGGUUAUUAGAUUGCUGUAAGGUCCUCUUCAAAAGUAGCACUGUAGGAAAGUUAUACGGAUGACUGAAUGUGAGAUAACCAAGCAGAGAGGUAUGGUUUGGUAACAAGCUCAAAUCCUUGCAGUAGACAUAGCCACAGUUAGCUCUGGAAAAAAGGGAAAGGGAGCUAAUAAACCUUUGCCAUGAUGAGUGGCAUCCAGUUGUGGCAUCCUGCUUGUACAACAGACUUCCAUGUGCACAAAGGGGCAUUUUCUUUCCCUACAGCCCCCAUAAAUCUGUUCUGGAGGGUAUAGGGAACUGCAGGGGCCAGGAGGCAGUGGAGGAAGGGAAAGUCCUGUUGCAUCCACUGGCACAAUGUUGCAACUCAGAGUUGUGUAUGUGAAAGAGCAAGCAAUGAGAAAGAAGCACCAAACCCUAAGCCUGGUGGGGAUUUCCACAGAAGCACAGCUCUUAAUGCAUUCCUGUGAGGAGCAUCAUCAUGACACUAGAAGAACUUGCAAAAUAAAGCAAUGGGGAGGAAUGCUCAUUUUUGCUCUGCAGUAUCUUCAGUUGUGUACGUUUAGAACAAAAAAAAAAUCCCAUGAAUCUAUUUCCUAUAAAUUGUCGCUGUAUAGUGUGGCCUGCAGACGAUGGAUUCCAUCAGACCCAGUCAGCUUAGCCAGUGAUGAUGGGAACUGUAGUCCAUAAAUACCUGGAAGCCCACAGGUUACCUAUCCCUGCCAUAGCAAAUGCUCAGCCGAAUGCAGAGAAAGGAGUUUGGUCCCUCUUAUUCCUUCCUUUCUCCCCUGAGCUCGGCGUGCGGCUCGAAACUAGCAGCUGCCACCGCUGUGCCUCUCUCGGGCUCGCCGCCGCCGCCGCCGCCGCCGCCGCCCGUGAGAGCUGAGAACAGAACGUUCUCUUCCUUCAAUCCUCCCCCGCCCUUCUCACUUGAAGCGGUCACGUGAGAAAGGAAAACAGUUUCUGCGGCCGCUGAUUGGCUCUCGGCUCCUCGCUCUCUGAUUGGUGGUCUUGGCUUCCUCACUUUCUGCCUUCUCCUGGCUUUGCUUUUCCCUUCCCCUCCCCCGGUUUUUUUUUUUAAUAAAAAGCCCACGUGAUGGGGGCAAGUCACGCGAUUUCCGGGAACCCGUCAGGAAGGGACAUAAACAAAACAAACCCCAGAGCGGCAUGGAGGGGCCGGGCCAGGGCUGGAGCAUCUGCAGAAGUGGGGGCCCCCACUGAGACAACCCCCAUCACCCCACUGGGUCGGGGCGACAGAAAGUCCCCAGAGAAAAGUUCCAUGUAGUCAACACGAAGCUUUUUCCAGGAAAAUAAAUCUGUGAAUCUCCAUUGCAUGAGUUAUAUGUUGCCUAUUGACCCUGAAGAAAAGCUGGAACGGAAUUUGCAAGCAACGAAAACAACAAGUUUGGACUUAGACUUGGGGGAUCUGGGCCUGGAAAUGCCUCAGCCUAGUGUGAGUGGAAUGGACCCUCCUUUUGGGGAUGCCUUUCAAAACCACAUGUUUUCAGAACAGACUCUGACGAGCACAGAUCUGUUGGCUAACAGUUCUGAUCCAGAUUUCAUGUAUGAAGUGGACAGAGAAAUGGAUUACCAGCAGAGUUCCAGGGAUAACCUCCUUUCUGUAGAGGACUGUAAAGAUCUUGAGAACCUGGAGUCCUUUACAGACAUUCUGGAUACGGAAACCUCUUUCCCCGCAAAUUGGGAGCAGUGGGACACCUACUGUGAAGAUUUGACAAAGUACACCAAACUAGCCAGCUGUGACAUCUGGGGAACAAAAGAGGUGGACUAUUUGGGCCUUGAUGAUUUUUCAAGCCCGUACCAGGAUGAAGAGGUGAUAGGUAGAACUCCAACUCUGGCUCAGCUCAACAGUGAGGACUCUCAGCCUGUCUCAGAUCCACUGUGCUACCCAGAAUUGCUGUUCAGUGUAAAGCAAGCCCAGUUAACCUCUUUGCCAGCGAAGAAGAUUGCAACCAGAGCAGCAGCCCCAGUUUGUUCAUCCAAGACGGGCCAGGCUGAGGCACCUUUAUCAGAAUCUGCCCUGAAAGGAGGCAAACCCAAUUCAAGCACACAAAUCAUGGUGAAGACCAACGUGUACAAUAAUGAGAAAGUGAACAUUCAUGUUGAAUGCAAAGAUUAUGUUAAAAAGGCAAAAGUAAAGAUAAAUCCAGUACUGCAGAGCAGGUCUUCCAUGAGCCAGGCAAACGCUGAUGCUGCAAAAGAAAACACCUGCUACUGUGGAGCUGUAGCAAAGAAACAAGAGCGGAAAGGGAAUGACUCCCUUCAGAGUCACAGUCCAGUGUUGCCUUUUAAAGAGACUCAGGCUCUGCUCCUCACUCCACCUCAAGAAACUCCAGGAAUAGUUGCUGAGGAGAACAGCAACUCUGCCAGCACCUCUGUUUCAGAUCCUUCACAGAAAAAGGAAGAACACAACUAUUCCCUCUUCGUCACGGACAGUUUGGGUGAGCAGGCCAGUGCAGGCAAAGCUGAUCCAGAGGAGGAGGAGGAAGAAGAAGAGGAAGAGGUGGAGGAUGAAGAUCACGAUGAAGGUUUCGGAAGUGAGCAUGAACUAUCUGAAAACGAGGAUGAGGAGGAAGAUUACGAGGAUGACAAAGAUGAUGACAUCAGUGAUACUUUCUCUGAACCAGGGUAUGAGAAUGAUUCUGUAGAAGACUUGAAAGAAAUGACCGCAAUAUCUUGUCGGAAAAGAGGAAAGCGAAGAUACUUCUGGGAAUAUAGUGAGCAACUAACACCAUCACAGCAGGAGAGAAUGUUAAGGCCUUCAGAAUGGAAUCGAGAUACACUACCAAGUAACAUGUAUCAGAAGAAUGGAUUACAUCAUGGGAAAUAUGCUGUUAAGAAGUCACGGAGGACAGAUGUAGAAGAUCUGACACCUAACCCUAAAAAACUGCUACAGAUUGGGAAUGAAUUGAGAAAGCUGAAUAAAGUGAUCAGUGAUUUGACUCCAGUCAGCGAACUUCCUUUAACAGCUAGACCAAGGUCAAGAAAAGAAAAAAACAAGCUAGCUUCCCGAGCUUGCCGACUUAAAAAGAAAGCCCAGUAUGAAGCCAACAAGGUGAAACUGUGGGGUCUCAACACUGAAUAUGAUAACUUGCUGUUUGUGAUCAACUCCAUCAAACAAGAAAUUGUGAACAGAGUGCAGAGUCCCAAAGACGACAGAGUAGCCAAUAUGGGUCAGAAGCUUGAUGUACUUAUUAAAGAUACUCUUGGGCCACCUGUAUCUGGGCAAACAUCAGAAUUUGUGAACCAAGUUUUGGAAAAAACAGCAGAAGGAGAUCCUACAGGAGGCCUUGUAGGGCUACGAAUACCAACAUCAAAAGUUUAGUAGACAUCACUUGAUCCAAUCACAUUGGUCAGAGCUCUGCCUGUGUCAUGUACUACAUUGUAAAAUUAUUUCUGGUUUGCAUGUGAAUUUAGCGUUCUAUAAAACACAGUUUUCAGUUCCAUCAUUUUUUUCCUUUUUAUAACAAUGUAGUAAGAUAAGUGAAAGCAUGGUAUAAAAUGCUUACUGGCAUUUUGGAGCAUAAAUCUUGUAGUUUUAAAUCUGCUUCUGUCAUAAAUGUGGUGACUACAUAUUCAUUUUUAAAUUAAGUUUACCUAGGACCAGAUAAUAUAACAUGCAAGAGCAAAACAUGUUUUUUGCAAGUAAAAUUCUUGCGAAAUGCCAAACGUUAUGGCAGGUUUAUGCUCCAUGAAAAAUAAAAACUUAGAAUUCAGAUUAAGAAGGGUUUUUUUUCAAGAAUAAUUGCUCUUUUGUUCUAAACUAAACAAUAAGUUUUCUUUGCAUCCAUAACUUUUACAUAGCACACCUGGCAAUAACGCUAGUGUGCCAUAUAAAAAAUAGUUUUCUGAGCUUGAUACGGUAUUUAAAUGUCUGUGCAAGUAAGAAAAUGUAUACUCUUUGUGCCUUGUAUUG